AUUUUUAUAAGGGAGAAGAGCACUUGUGGUAGAAAUUGAAUAAAAUUUUAAAAAUAAUUUUAAACUCUAUAUCUAUUUAAACUCUAUAUUCCUCAUCCAUUCACUCCAUCACCAAUAAAUCAAUAAUAAUCAAGAAAAUGUUGUACGUUUUCCUUUCUAUUCUAGUUCUUCUACUCUUUCUAGCUUUAAACUUUUACCAAUCAAAAUUACGCCGUAUAAACCUUCCUCCUAGCCCUUUUGCCUUCCCCGUCAUCGGCCAUCUCCAUCUCCUAAAACCUCCAAUGCAUAGAACUCUCUACCACCUUUUCCAUAAACACGGCCCGAUCAUCUUCCUCCGCUUAGGUUCUCUUUCCGUAGUAGUAGUUUCGUCAUCCUCCGCAGCAGAAGAAUGCUUCACAAGAAACGACAUCAUUUUCGCUAAUCGUCCGAGGUUCCUUUUUGGCAAAUACAUAUCUUAUAACUAUACUACAAUAAUCCAUGCACCCUUCGGCGACCACUGGCGCAACCUUCGUCGCAUUAGCGCUAUAGAACUUUUCUCCACCCAUCGUCUUAAUAAAUUCGAAAGCAUGCGAAAAGACGAAAUCAAGAGACUAAUGGUCAACCUAACUCGUAACUCGCUCCAACAUUUUUCCAAAGUAGAGCUGAAAUCAAAGUUUCAAGAGCUAACAUUUAACAUAAUUAUAAGAAUGAUUGCAGGGAAGAGAUAUUACGGAGACGACGUGAGUGACAAAGAAGAGGCCGAGCAGUUUCGGCAGAUAUUAAAGGAAACUGCGUCGUAUGGAGGAGUAACAAAUCCAGGAGAUUUUUUGCCAAUUUUGAAUUGGUUGGAUGGUGGUAAGUUCAAAAGGACUUUGAUUAGAUUUGCUAAAAGGAAUGAUGACUUCUUUCAAGGACUGCUUGAUGAACAUAGAAGGAAGAAGGUGAAUUUAGAGAGUAUGAAUACAAUGAUUGAUCAUCUUCUUUCUUUGCAAGAAACAGAACCUGAGUAUUAUACUGAUGAGAUUCUUAAAGGGCUGAUUCAGAUCAUAAUAUUUGCAGGAACUGAUACAACAGCAGUAACAAUGGAGUGGGCAAUGUCAAACCUGCUAAACCAUCCAACCAUAUUAAAAAAGGCUAGAGAUGAAAUAGAUAAAUAUGUUGGGAAAGAAUGCUUACUAGAUGAAUCUCAUCUUCCUAAAUUACCUUAUCUUCAAAACAUCAUUUCUGAAACCCUAAGGCUCUAUCCAACAGCUCCACUCUUAGUCCCCCACAUGUCAUCAGAUGAUUGCAAAGUUGGAGGAUACGACGUACCGCGUGGCACAAUGCUAUUGGUUAAUGCAUGGGCUAUCCAUAGAGAUCCAACACUAUGGGAUGAUGCUACUAGUUUCAAACCUGAGAGAUUUGAUAGUGGAGAAGCUGACCUGGAAAAUAGACUGAUGCCAUAUGGUUUGGGUAGAAGGUCAUGUCCAGGGGCUGGGUUAGCUCAAAGAGUGGUGGGUUUGGGUUUGGGUUCGUUGAUUCAAUGCUUUGAAUGGAAAAGAGUGAGUAAGGAAAAAAUUGACAUGUUAGAAGGUAAAGGAAUUACUAUGCCAAAAGUUAAACCAUUAGAGGCUAUGUGCAAAGCACGUCCAAUCAUGAACAUAAUUCUCUCUUGACAAGUUUAAGAUUUAAGUACUUAUUAUGAUGUUUAUUGUCUGCUUAUCAAUGUAAACUAGCCUUUAUAUUACCAAA